GCACAUUUUCGACCGAAUUAUUGAACGUGUACGGUAUAUACCGGAGUGGCAACACGGCCAUUAGUAGGCUUUAACGGAACGAAACGAAACGAUAAACAUUUAAAACUCUUAUUGUUGUACUAAGAGAAGUCGAAGAAAACGAACCAUGCCAAGAAAACGUAAAGCAGACUCUGAAUUGAAAGAUGAGGUACCAGCAAAGAAAGCUGCGGUAGGAAAACAUAGUAAAGUUGCAGAUGUGAAAAAGGCUGGAAAGGCAAAAGCAGUGCCAAAAAAUAAAACUGCAGGUAAAGCUAAGGCAGCGCCAAAAGAUAAAAAUACAACCAAGGUCUCCAAGGAUAAGGCUACAGGAAAAACAACAGCAAAGUCCAAUGAAAAGACAAAACUUACAACCAAUUCAAAGCCUGCUGUGAAUUCAGCGGGUAAAUUAAAUUUGAAAGAUCUGCUUAAAGAUGGUAAAUGGAAAGAUGUUUUAGCACAUGAAUUUGAGCAACCAUAUUUCAAAGCAUUAGAAGAAACAUUGCAGGCAGAAUAUGCACAAGGAAAAGAGGUUUUUUCCACCAAAGACAUAUACUUUUUACUGAGUCUUCUAAUCGUUUGUUUUUUCCAGGUUAGAGUGGUAAUACUUGGGCAGGACCCUUACCAUGACAAUGGACAGGCCAUGGGCUUGUCGUUUUCUGUACCUAAGGGCAUAGCUGUUCCACCAUCUCUGAGAAAUAUGUACACCGAGUUGGAAAGAGAUCCCAAAAUCUCUAGGUUUAAAAGACCUGACCAUGGCUGCUUGGAGAAUUGGGCCAAAGAGGGAGUGUUGAUGAUUAAUGCAACCCUUACUGUCGAGGCUCAUAAACCAAACUCCCAUGCUAAGUUUGGAUGGCAGACUUUCACCGACAGCAUCAUAAAAGCAGUGAGUGAUAACUGCGACCACGUGGCGUUCAUUCUCUGGGGAGGAUUUGCACAUAAGAAAGAGAAACUGGUUGACACAAAGAAACAUGCCACCAUAAAAACUGCACAUCCUUCACCAUUGUCACUGAACAAAUUCAGAAAUUGCAAUUGUUUUUCGGAUUGUGAUGAUGCUCUAGUUAACUUUGGUUUAAAGCGUAUGAACUGGUCUUUGUCUUAAUCAAGCAUUUCACUCAGUUGUUAAAUUUUAAGAUUGUAUUUCUUUUAAAGGCGUUAGAGUAUAAAUAAAAUAUGUUUGCUUUCCCAUCCUGCAACAUAGCCAGACAUUUGUCAGUUGUGAAAGGCUGCUUAGCUGUAAAUUGGAAAACUUUCCUGCCUUCCUCUGACAAACAGAAAAAUAUAAAUUGUACAAAUGUCUUGCUAAGAUGCAUCUCAUUUUAAGUUUGGUAGUAACAUUGGUCAAAACUUUGUUUUUGAUGAAAUUUAUUCAUCAAACUUGGUACAUGUAAUCCAACCCUACUGUCGGGGAUUAUUAUCAGGUGAUUUAACACAACGUUUUUUAAGACACACAUUAUACAUUUUAAAACUGCAUUUUUAUAUAAAGUUAGUAUACAAAAAGUCCACAAGGCAAAUUGAAUUCUGUAAUGUUGACUUAAAGGCACUGACCUCUAGAUUGUUUGACAACAAAAAAGCGAAGUUUUUUCAGGUAUCAGAAAAUUGUUGCUAUAUUUCUUUAGGAGGCUUUGAAACUUAGUAACUGACAAAUUAUAAGUUAUGGAAACCCAUAAGAAUCAGUUGUUUUUACUUAGUAUUCCAGAAUUAGAUGUUUUUACUAAUUUUUAGUGUUUGUUAAUGGGUACCAGAAACUGCCUUAAUUAUAAAGCUUUAUAUUUAGCAGCCCUCAAGUACGCAUUCCUCUGUGGUGUAUUGGUCAAGACUGCAGAAAAAUUAAUUAUUGCCGCGGCAACACAGGUUCAAUUCCGGACCCGGUAUAUUUUUUUUUCUCUCGAGUUGGCAUAAAUGUUACACUAGUGGUAAGAUUAUUGUUUUAUACAAGUCCUGUUGACAUUUUUAGCCGAGCUUUAGCAAUCAUAGAAACCAGGUGUUGAAUAUGGGCAUCAUGUUUAUAUUGUAGUUUUAUAUAUUUUAAAAGAUGAGCACAAAGGGUACAUCAAGUGCAUAUUUUUAUAAUGUUUAAAAUCUUUACAGUUUACACAAAUGUCAGAGACAAAGAAAUUUGUUUCGGCAGUUUAACUGUAGUUUAUUUUUUUUUACAAGUUUUUAACAUACAUUCUUUUAUAUCCAGACAACAUUAUGUACUGUGCCAUUUUACAUUUUUAUAAUCUGUUACUAAUUUACUUAUCUGUUAGUAUUCUUGUCUAUUGUAAUCUAUUAAUAAACUAGUAUGUGAUAAUAGAAUUUAUUUUUA